AUGAAGGAAGGAACAGGAGACAGAGGUGAGAAAGCAAACUGCUGACACAAGAACUACAGAAAAAAAAGAGGGUUAAUCAAAAAGUAAAGGUGAUAGAAAAAUGUGAGACAACAAGAAAAAUGGAGUACAAGGAGACAAGAAGAAAGAUGGAGGCAUGGCAGAGAGAGUGACGGAGAAGAGAGUCUCUUCAUUCACGAUGUGUCACUCAGUGACAACAUGCUUUCAGCGAGUGCACUGAGUGGCACAGGACGAAUAAACCUGAGCGUAGCGGCACCGACCGGCUCAUUUGAUGACUGUGGGCAGGGACACACACACACACACACACACACACACACACACACACACACACACACACACACACACACACACACACACACACACUUAAAAUGUUGUGUACAUGCUCUUGCUCCAACCCCAACACAUUUAAAGACACACAAUGACUGUUUUCAGUUGAGAAGCUGGGUACAGUGAGCGAUAAAGAUGGGUCCUGUGGUCUUCCACGAAGAUCUCUGUUUCAGCUUUGAAAAGAACCUGUUUUUUUAAUCAUAAUGGACCUCACUUGAAUAAUUUUGUAGUUGAAAAUGGUAUAAAUCUGGUGAUUAAUUUAUUGAGUUCAGUUGUAUUUACUGUUAUCAGUUGUUUAUUUUCAGCAGAUAAGGAUAGAUAUCUGUCCCCCCAUCUUAUUGUUUUUCUGACCAUGCCCUUUGAGGCAAACGUAUUUCAACAGUGUGUAGGGAUCAUAGAGGAUCAAAAGAUGUCUGUGACUGAAGUUGUAACUUUAUGAAAAUUUCAAAAUUUCAUCUUAUGGUUGGCCCAACAAGAGAUUAUCAGAGGAGCAGCAAGGGCUAAACUGAGCAACAGCAAACAUCUCUUAAUGGCUUUAAAGACCCAUCCUGAUGAAAAUCAUGUUUCUCUUGUUGUCCAAAUGUUCAUAUAGCAUUUUUCUGAUGCUACAGGAGUGUUUGGGGGUGAACACUGUUUUAAUGUCACAGUUUUAGUGCCUGAAACCGGUGUUUGGGGGUAGGUGUCAGUUUACUUACAGUUACAGUUUCAACAUAAAUUAUUCAUGAUGAACAUUUACCAUCAAAGGUUUGGUUGUUAAAUUUUUUUUGCAAAUCCAUCCAGAUGAUGAUGGAAAAAGUAAAACAUAAAAACUUCGAAUGAUGCUCUUAAGAAAGUCAUUGGACUGAAGCCAUGAACUGGAAACAGAGACAUCUGUUCCAGUGAGUCAAAGAGAUGUAAAUGUGUUCGGUAGUAUUGGUGAAAAACUAACUGCACUGAUAACCAGAUAAUCCGCCGUAUUUGCCAGGAUCAAGCUGCCAGCAGAUCAGAAUGUGGAAAACAUGAGGAGGAAAAUAAGGAUCUGAAGUAAAGACUGAGUGACAGAGGAAGAGGACGUCUUUUCAGACAGAGAAGGUGAUCCAGGAUGAUGAGGAGACUGGACUCGGGUUUCCUGUAAGCUUUUAAGCCCCAUUCAGGUCUUAACCUUCACUGCCAGAUUACUUCAGGCCUGAACAAUAGAGAGACACUAGCGGCUGCAAAGACGCCAAAGACCUGUCACCAAGGAUCAAGCACCAACACUCGUCUGUACAGACAUGAAAACACACCUGACUGUAUUUGUAAGACGUGACCUUUGAUAUCAACUUUGACAGACUGUCUAAUAAGAGACCAACAGAUGAAUCAGUGAGAUUUACGCAUGUAUACGGUCAUGCUGUGAUCCACAAGGAGUGCUGCUGUACUGAACUCUCUAAUCUUCACAUCAACACAAUUACAAAAGGAGCCGUUCAGAUGCUCAAACUCAACAAGAGCAGCGGGCAGCCAUGUAAAAACGGUUCUUUAGUGCCCUCUGUGGGUGUAAAGGAGGAUCUUCCUGAGGUAUAAUAAAGGAAGUGUGACCUUUGGAUAUAAAGUAGAAAUACAUUUCAAAUGAUGCGCUUGAACCGAGAGGUUGCUGCAAGUCUGGUCUCUCUGUAUUAUCUGUAAACUCUGUAAUUUUUGCCAGAUUUUUUUUUCAUAUUUUUGUCGUCAUUUUGUCGGCUGCUGAUGGAUACUCCUGCUGGGUGAAGAGUUUAUUCAAAAGAAGAGCUCCUUUCAUUGAGGAAAAGAAAAUCUGGACAACAACAUACAAUUCCAGAGGACAUCAGGAGAUGUUAUCGUGGUUGCCGUGCUGGUGCAAAGGUGAAGGUGAAGCUGAAUGUUAGGAGGUGGAGAUAUAAACCCAUUCUUCCAUCAAUCAUCAUGGGAAACAUCAACUCUCUGCCCAACAAAAGUGAUGAGCUGGAGAUCUUGGUGAAGACUGAGAAAGCAGACCGUGAGUACAGUCUCCUGUGUUUUAAUGAAACCUGGUUGAAUCAAAAGAACUCGGACUCUGGUGUGGAUCUACCUGGUUUCACUCUCAUAAGGUCAGACAGAGAUGCUCAAGCUAAUGGCAAGAAGAACGGAGGAGGUCUGACUUUAUUUGUCAACCAGAGAUGGUGUAACCCUUCACACAGAACUGUCAAGGAGAAGUUGUGUUGUCCAGAUAUUGAACUGUUGGCAGCUGCUCUUCGGCCAUAUUAUGUUCCCAGAGAAUUCAGUCAGAUCAUAACAAUAGAUGUUUACAUUCCACCCAAAUCAACUGAAGAAAUUCUGAGUGGUGUUUUGCAAAAUAGUGAGACUUCAACCAUGUCACCCUCUCCUCUCACCUGACUGUGAACUGUCCUACCAGAGAAAACAAGACCCUGGAUCUGCUGUAUGCCAACGUCAAAGAAGCCUACAGAGCCACUGCCUUACCACCUCUGGGCAGGUCAGAUCAUAACUUGGUCUGCAAACCUGUUACAGACCUUGUGUGCUGAGGCAGCCUGUGACCAAAGUCAAAAUCAGAAGAUGGACACCUGAAGCCAGUGAAGCUCUAAGGGACUGUUUUAAAUCAACAGACUGGAAUGUGCUGCUGAAAACAGACCAACAGUUUAAGAACAACGUUCCUCAAUUACAAUUGUAAAGAAUUUAGGGAUUUCAACAUCUAUGGUCCAUAAUAUCAUCAGAAGGUUCAGAGAAUCUGGAGAAAUCACUGCAGGUAAGAGGCACAGCUGGAAACCAACAUUGAACGCCCGUGACCUUUGACCCCUCAGGCGCCACUGUAUCAAAAACCGUCAUCAAUGUGUACAGGAUAUCAGCACAUGGGCUCAGGAACACUUCAGAAAACCACUGUCAGUAAAUACAGUUCAUCACUAAAUCUGUAAGUUAAAACUCUGAAGACAUUUAUCAACAACAUCCAGAAACGCCGCCGCCGGUUUCUCUGGGCCGAGCUCAUCUGAGAUGGACUGAUGCAAAAUGGGAAUAGUGGACGUCAUGUCCUCCGGGCCAAAGAGGAAAAGAACCAUCCGGACUGUCAUCGAUGCAGAGUUCAAACGCCAGCGUCUGUGAUGGUUUGGGGGCGCAUCAGUGCCAAAGGCAUGGGUAACUUACACAUCUGUGAAGGCAACAUUCAUGCUGAAGGUACAAACAGGUUUUAGAGCAACAGAUGCUGCCAUCCAAGCAACGUCUUUUUCAUGGACGCCCUUCCUGCUUAUUUCAGCGAGACAACGCCACGCCACAUUCUGCACGUGUUCCAACAGCGUGGCUUCGUAGUAAAAGAGUGCGGGUACUCGACUGACCUGCCUACAGUCCAGACCUGUCUCCACUGAAAAUGUGUGGAGGAUUAUGAAGAGUAAAACACGACAACGGAGACCCCGGACUGUUGAAGAACUGAAGCUGAACAUCAAGAACGGGAAAGAAUUCCACCUUCAGCUCCAACAGUUCGUCUCCUCAGUUCACAAACGUUUACUGAGUUUGUUAAAAGGUGAUGGAACACAGAGGUAAACAUGUCCCUGUCCAACUACUGUGGAACGUGUAGCUGCCAUGAAACUCUGAGUUAAUAAUAAUAAAGUUUAUGAGUUUGAACAUUAAAUAUCUUUGUAGUGUAUUCAGUUGAAUUUAGGUUGAAAAGGAUUUACAAAUCAUCUUUGAGCUGAAGUUCAAAUGAAAGGUUUCUAACCACAGUCAGUGGAGCAGCUUACCUUAUCAGGACCGAUCGAUCAGUGAUGAAUUAAUUAUCCUGUCACCAAAAUGUGACAAAUCCCCUCGCUGUCUUGGCUCCUAUGCCUCUUUCUGACCCUCUGUUAACGUUUUCUAUCCCCCAUGUGCACAAACACACACACACAAACAGAGAGAGAGAGAGAGAGAGAGAGAGAGAGAGAGGGAGAGAGAGAGAAAGAAUCAUUUCCUUAAAUUACACAGCCCAUCUCCAAACACAAAGGGCCUUCAGAGGUAAACACGGCUUGUGUUGCCUCACCGAUUACCUGCGAUGGUCACCUGUACAUCUACUGUUCAGACAUAUAAUGGUAUAAUCUUCUCUUUACAUUAGUUCAUCCAUGAGAAGCACAGUGAUUGGGUUUCUCAGCAAACACGCCACACUUAUACACAUGUUGGACAUGUGCGUUUGUGUGUCUGUGUAGCACUGUAUUGUCUCCCUCUGUGACUCAGCAGCCAAUUGUGCAGCCCUUUUUGUGCUUUAAUGGCAGGAUUACACAAAUUACACAUGAUACUAUUAUCAACCCACACUGGUGUCCAGCGUCAGAGCGCUGGGACUGAUUUAAAAGCCUGACAAGAAGUGAAAACAGGUCGUGAAGUGUGUGUGUGUGUGUAUGUGUGUGUGUGUGUGUGUGUGUGUGUGCUUGGAAUCCUUAUCAGAGCUUUUUACACAAAACAAAUCUUGCACACAUCAUGUGGGUAGUACUGGCCUAAAUAUUGCAGCAAGUGUCCUACAUUAGAUAUUGAACUCACGCUGUUCUGAUUAAAGUCGAUUACAGACUCGUUCCUGAAUGUCCCUCCUGUUUUCACUCUCUCCCCUGUCCUACUCCUUACUCUCUACCAUCCAAAGAGAAAGCUUCUGCAAAACUGUGGACUCGGCUUUUGUUCCAAACCUGACAAUAAAUUCACAAAGAAAAAUCAUCUUUAGUCCCAUAAUUCAUCAAAUAAAGCAUCUGACGCCAACACCACUGACACCACACUAACGUGUUAAAGUGGAAUAUAAAGCUCCUGUCAGGAACUUUCAGUUUGUGAUUGUUCUGUGUGUGUGUGUGUGUGUGUGUGUAUGUGUGUGUGUGUGUGUGUGUGUGUGUGUGUGUGUGUGUCUGAAAUGUUUCUCACUUCUUCCUAACAUUAGUUCUCGUUCUCACUCAAUCAUCGCACUCUUUAUUUACUCCCCUCCCUCUCCAUCACGUACUCUGAAAUCCUCACCCAUCGUUGCUCAGUCCCUCAUUUAUCGAGCUUGCGUACGUAAGUUGUGACGUGAGGAUUAGCAUUUAUCAAUCUGCACGUGAGCGUACGCUACGACCAAAUCUCACGACAGGUCUGACAUCGAGUACACGGGUUUGAGUCAGUGUGGAUCUGUGGAGCAGCAAAUGUCUGUCUCAGAAUAACUGAUAAUCUAACCUCAAAACUGUCAUUGAGCACAAUCAGACAGAUUCCAUUAAAAAAUAAAGACGUACAUAAAAUAAAAUAAGUUUGUUUUGUCCUUUGUGAAGAGGCCUUUUUGAUAACUCUACACAGAAACACCGCCACAGAGCAGGAGCGCCGUUUCAACGUUACACACACACACACACACACACACACACACACACACACACACACACACACACACUGUGGAGCGCUGCGUUUGACUCCUAAAGGCAGGUGUCUCUGUCUUGGCCCAGCAGCGGGGACGUUGUUGUACACUCCUGAAAGGGUGUGGGACGUCAUUUGGGCCAGUACAGUUUUGCACAAUGUUGUUCUGGUGAAUAGAGCGCCGUCAGCUGUGCCGGUGCAACGUGAGGACCCGAUGAUCGGAGAACAAUAACGAGGCGAGACUCCACAAAGGUGCUGCACAGAGGAGACGGGACCGUAUCCAUGGAUUCUGACAUGUGAAGUAGAAGGUUAGAAAGUGCUCUUGAUGUUUAUUCAGUGAUAAAAAAUCCAUAAAGAUGUUCCUCAGGAGCAGUGACGCACCGUUUGGUGAGGUUAAUGAUUAUUUUUGUUCAGCCUCUGUCAGACUCUCUGUCUGCUCUACAUCACAAAGACGCAACAAAUUAAAACUAAAUACUUUCAAUAAUAGGAGCAGCAUACCCUCUGUCAUGGCAAUAAACAAAUAUGAGGCAUGUAUGAGAUAUUAAUUUAUCAUCAUGAGCAAAUUAUUGACUAAUGAUUUAUUCAAACUUCAGCCACCGUCCACUAUUCCUCGACAGCGCUGCUCAGCGCCGCCAUAAUCCUGAUCCAGAGUUUUCUGCUUUAGUUCCAGUUUUAAAGUUUCCAAAGAGAAAAUCCACGUUAGUUUCCACCACAGAUGUGAGGAUAUUCACUUUCACAUCUUUGUAAUAUUUCACAUGUUUGACCUCAGUGGGCGGGGCUUCUGAACCAUGAAUAUUUAAGGGCGUGACAUGUUAAUGACGAUUGAUUUCAGCCGCCACACUGAGACCGGAACAUACGUACGCUGCGAUUGGUCAGAUAAGAACCCUUUCAUAAAUCUCACAUGUGUGCUAGCGUACGAUGAAUCCUGCACUCAGAUCGAUAAAUGAGGGCCAAUGCGUGCGCAGAGUUAGGCUGCUGUUUUUAGCUCGUAUUGUCUCUGAAUUUAUGGUAAAAUGAGACCCUGUUUUGGCCUGUCUUGUUUUUUUGUGUGGCUCUCAUGUCUGUUUUAGGGCUGACCUGCAGCAAAGAGCUGUUCGAUCAACUCAAGGAGAAUCAGGAGUCACUCAGUGCAGAGGUCUGGGUCUGAAAGGUUUCUGGUGUUCCUGUCCUUUUUUUCAGGUCCCCUUAUUGCAUAUCCACAAGUUACCUGCCUUACAUGAUAACAGUGUAAAAUAACCCCUAAAAAGAUGGAAGGCCCUUAGUCCGUGACAUUUCGAAGAGACGAACAAUUCAUCGAGACUCACAAACUCUGCGCAGUUUUCAACAACACACCCACAGCAAUAAGCCGAGUGAAACCGUUCUUAUAAAGGAGCCAUAACACCUUGUGCUUGCUCAUGUGCAGCAGCUCAACACACACACACACACACACACACACACACACACACACACACACACACACACACACACACACACACACACACACACUAGGCCAUACCAUAUGGAGCCAAACCGCAUCAAGUGUCAUGGCUGCUCCAUACCGUGCAAACACACCCCAGCAGGCCUCACCUUUGUUGCUUCUUCCUCUCCGCAGUAUUUCCGUUCGUCACUCCCGUCCUCUUCAGGUUAUUCCAAAGACAAACCUCUCCAUCAGGUCCCCUGACUCCAUAUCUUUACGACAUCUUUUGGUUGUGCGGUGUCACAACCCCUGUCUCUCUCUUUGGCAUAAAGCCUUCCACUCCGUCCCCCUCUCCUACACUAAACUAACGCUGGUGAAUAUUUAAUGCUGCCAUUGUGCUCGUGUGUGCUGAUGAAUGGGGAACAUUGGCUGGGAGAGCAGACUUUCUGCUCACUCUGCUUUGGGCCACUGGAGAUAGAGAUGCAAACAGCUGGGCAGCAGAGAUGUCACCUGUGGGGAGGAGGAGUCAGAGGUAAGUGACCGUCACCUGCUGUGCCACUUCCUUGUCUAAAGUCACUAAAAUACGACAUGGUUACAGUUUCUUCUUUUUAACUUUUUAACGCUGCGACAAAACUGAGGUCUGCUGAGGUUUUUCAUACAUGGUACUGGUAUUACAUAUGAGUAUAAUACACACUGGGUUUUACUCAGAAUAACCACUUCUUAAAAAUAUUUGACAGAUCCAACCAAAAAGAUGAGAGAAGCAUCAUAACACAGCUAAAAAUGUAUGUUUAAAACAUGAAGAAAAGCAAAAUUCAAAGAGAUAAUAACAAUCAACGAUGUAAGACCUACAGCACCAACUGUCAAACCUGACAAAGGUGUCACAGAUUUUGUCUUAAUUACUACAGGGGAAAAAUCCAGCAGUACUUUUACAAACCGUGUAUUUUCUCAGUUGGCCUGGUGUGUUCAAAAACUAAAAACAAACCGACCUUAAAGUGCUCUAAAAUACAGAGUUUUACUUUACUCAUGAAACACAGGAGUAAAGUAAAAGCGCUGUAUAACCUUUAUUAGCCGAUCAGAGGCAGACGGGUUUGAUGAUUUGAUUCGCCACGACUCCGGAAAUGACUGAAAACUACAGAAUGUUUCAAAAUGGCGUCUCCGCGCUCCCGGUUUGGAUGGUUGAAAUGCGGACAUCCGGUUUAAUCCGGUUUAAAGUGGUUAAAUUUACCGUGAAGGCGCCGGACUCGUCGUGAGACUCUGACAGUAGAGAGAGGAACAGUAACGGCCGCUGGAGGGAAUAACAGGGUAGGGCUGCAGACAUGGAGACCCUCGUGUGAGGGCGCUCGUGUCAGGACGGGGCUCUUCCUACGGCAAUACCAAUGGGUCAAAAAGGUCAAUUUUCAUAAAACUAUAAAUACAACGGCUGCGCGGGAACUUUUAGGACAACAAUAGAUGGCAAUGAUGGCGCUUACUAGCAAGGUGGGUAUGAACGCCGAACAGUUGUCAGUCCGGGUUGGGCGGUUGGUCCGAGAGAGAGCCGGUCCUAGUUUAAGUAGUUUUUAGUUCUUGGUCCUGAAGGCCUGAGAGAGACACUUUCACCAAAACCACAAUAUUUAAAAGUAUCAACAUCUGUAAAAACUCUGAGCUCCGUUUUCGUCCACACAUCAGAAACAGCAAAGGUCGGUUUUUACCACCGGAAGAAUAUAACAGAGUCCGCCCGUUUCUCUCCCAGGCCAGCAGGGGGCGCUGAUGGUUUUAUCUCCUCUGGUUUAUUGUAACGUCCUGUUCUCUGACCUCCCAAAUAAGAACUUACAGACACUUCAUCUGUUAAAGAAUUCAGCUGUAAGAGUUCAGAGGGCGGGAGAAUAUAACGACACUCAUUUAAGGUUAUAAUGGUUCUAUUUUAGUUAGGCACUCCUCAACUUUGCCCAGCAGAUGGCGCCAAUGUCAAACACAAAAUACAGGUCAUGGAGAGAAUAAAGCCGCUUCAGUCACACUAUAAAUGACAUUAAUUCGCAUUAUAUGGUAAAAGAUGGCCUCCUCUGUUUACACAGGUUUAUAACUGGACCUGAAGGACCACCUCAGAGGACUUUAAAAGGUCCGUUAGUCUGGUUACACUUAAAGAGAGUUCAGGAGGAUCAGAGUUUAUCUGGGACAGCAGGACACAACCGACUCACCUCUCAACUGAUUUCCAUACGAGCUUCCCCGCCCACCUCUCUCUCUCUCUCUCUCUCUCUCUCUCUCUCUCUGUCUCUCUCUGUCUCUCUCUCCCUCUCUCUCUCUCUCUCUCUCUCUCUCUCUCUCUCUCCCCCUCUGUCUCUCUCUGUCUCUCUCUCUUCCGCCCUGUAGUUCCGUUAAAACCCGCUCGGUCUCUGGCGGAUACAUGGAAACAACCUGCGACUCUGUGAUUUGCGGUGAUCAGCCGAUGUAUUGAUUAGAGAAUCGACCCCCCGCCCUCACAGAUCCAGGGACCCCUCCACCGUUUGGACUCCUGUCCUCUCCUCCAGCUCAGGUAGGAACCAGCUCUCUUUGACGUGUCUGUGAGUUCAGUACGACAGGAACCAGAACAUGAAGUAGUCCCGCAGGUGGUAAAGGCGGUCCUCUCUGAGUCCUGAAGUUCUCGUUAGUUCUCGGUAUUCAGAGGUUCCGAGGUCCAAGAGUCUGACUGAGAGGAUAACAUGGGAGCUGUAGGACAUUAAACUGGACUGUCGGUUCUGAUGGUUCUGAUGGUUCUGAUGGUUCUGAUCAUUUCUCACAGUUUUCAAGAGCAACUUCUAGUUCUGCCUUUCCAAAAAUGAAACUGCUAAAUUCUCAUAUUCAUCAGCAGGUGACAAUAUUUUCAUUUGCACUUGAAGUUUGUUUAUUUAAUUUGAAUCUUUGAUUAUAAUCGAUUUAUUUGGUACAAAUGAGUUUUAUUGAUCAGGCUUCAGUUGUUGUUGUCAGUCAGAAUAUUAAAAGGCUUCGUUGUGGAGAUUUGAUCAGUUAUAAUUGUUUGUGCAGGUUCAUAUACUUGACUAUAGAUCAGAGUCCUUGAGACGAUCAUCAUGUAUAACAGUUUUUAUUUCACAAGGUUUUAAACUAAAGGUUAAACUAUCAAAGAACUUGACUUAGUUAUUGAUUACAAAUCAAUCCAAGACUCAGAUCAGUUCAGAUGAAAGUGCUCAUAUUUGAACGGGCCUCCGGCCCAGAGGUUAAAAAGUUAGGAACCAGAAUCCCUUCUGUGUCUGCGUGUGUUAUCCAGCCGCACUGACAUCUUCCUGGCUCGUCAAUAAAAGGCUGUUAUUACUUUGGAAACUCAAACCCGGUCUUUGUAUCAACGAGGAUCCGGCCUUAUCAGAGUGUUUGGGAUUCCAGCACCAGCUGCAGAGCACAAGGCGAACUCUGAGAGAGGAGCAGGUACACAGAGAUACCAGAGUCCAUGUGAACUCAGGACCCUCAGGCCAAAGACAGGAACUCAGAGCUUUAUAUCAGUCAGGAGUAGACUACGAGCUGGAUCUAUAAACGACCUCCUCCUCAGGUAAUCACAUCAGUGGGUUUUAAUACGGAUACUGAAAAUAAGACAACAGGUUAACCGAUCACUGAUAUACGAUGUCAGAAAUAAUGGUUUUAAUUUUGCAUUUGACAAAAUACAACAAUUUUGUGACACUAACACAUAUAUGUGGAGAAGUGCAGUAAUACUAAUACUUAUAUAUAUAUGUGGAGAAGUGCAGUAAUACUAAUAUUUACAUAUAUAUAUAUAUAAAUAUAAAUAUAUAUAUGUGGAGAAGUGCAGUAAUACUAAUAUUUACAUAUAUAUAUAUAUAAAUAUAAAUAUAUAUAUGUGGAGAAGUGCAGUAAUACUAAUAUUUACAUAUAUAUAUAUAUAAAUAUAAAUAUAUAUAUGUGGAGAAGUGCAGUAAUACUAAUAUUUACAUAUAUAUAUAUGUGUGGAGUAGUGCAGUAAUACUAAUACUAACAUAUAUAUAUAUAUAUUGAAUAUAUAUAUAUAUAUAUAUAUAUAUAUAUAUGUGUGUGUGUAUUACUAAUACUAACAUAUAUAUAAUAUAAAACCUCAGAAUCAGAAUAGGAACUAGCUUUAUUGUCCAAGUAUUUGUACACAAACAAAGAACUCGUCUCUGGUAAACAUAUAUGAGGAAAAGCACAGUAACACUAACAUCGACAUAUUUAUGAACCUUUAUUAAGGCUUUGAAAAUCAUUAACGAUGAUGUCGAGAUACUGAAUUGACAUUAAACUGAAUAGUAAUUGACAGUAAUGAUUUAAUAGAGUUACACAAACACCAGGAAAACGGUUUGUCAUCAACAUCUUAAAUCAAGAUGAACCAAAGUGUCAAUUUUGAGACUUUAAUGCAGUUAAUUCCACAUUUUUGGAGAGUCAAAGCUAAAAGCAUAUUUUCCAAAUUCAGAGACGACUCUUGGAGCUUGAAGCACAGAAAAGUAGGUGGAGCCUGUUUGGUAACGCCCAGAGUUCAAGUUCAGCAGAACUGUAAUGUAUGCAGCUGAGCGUCCAAUCAGAGACUUAAACACAUAAAAGUGUUUAUCUCGUAUCUGUGCCAGAGAAGACCAACCAACUGUCUGAUUCAGUCAGGAGUGUUAAAGGGACCUCCAGUUAAAUAUCUGAGGGCACAGUCAUAAACUGAACUCAGGGAUGUGCCACUAAGUGUUGAUAUCUGUAGACUGUGAAAGUCAACGUCUCUGAGUCUACAGAGUCUCAUAAAUUUAGUUUUGCAUUUGAAACAAAGUUCAGACUGAUAAUGAAUUCUGAAGACUGUUAUAGUUUCUCAACAACAAGAUUUACAGAAUGAACAAAACAGUAUAAAACAGUAUCAUCAGUAGAUGAGUAUUACUGUCUGUUACAGAAGAUUAUACUGUUAAUGUUGAGUCUACAGACUCCUGUUCAACUGUCAGGUUUCAGUCUGUAAGAAAAUAACAGGAAGAUAAAAUAUUUUUACAGCUUUAAUGUGACCUUUGACCUGAACAACACGAUUAAAAACAAACUGAAACCUUUAAGGGGAAAAUAUAAAAACUAGAAAAGUUAAAAUAACCUGGUUUCAUAAAUCUUCACAUCCUUAAACUAAAACUUUGUCUCAGCAGCUUUGACUUUUAUUUCAGCACUCAGUCUUUUUUUGGUCGGAGUCUGUCAGCGUGGAACUUUUGAUGUGGAAAUAUUUGCCCACUCUUCUGUGUAAAUCUGACAGAUUACUGUGAGGACGUCUCCUGAGCUCAGCCCUCUUCAGAUCAGAACACUAAUGUUCAAUGGGGUUCAGGUCUGGACUCUGGGGGGGCCGUUCCAAAGUCUCAGUCUUAUUCUUUUGUUGGUUUAGAUUUGUGCUUCGGGUCAUUGUGGUGCUGAAAGAUGAAGUAAAUUAACUUUGAAGUAAAUGAUCUCACAAACAAACACGUGUCUGUUGGCCAGAGGAGGUUCAUCUUGGCUCCUUCUUCUCCGUCUUUGGUCCCUCUGAGUCCACGGAUCAGAUUCCUAUAAGCUUCUGCUUGUCUGCGACACAAAAGAGCCUCUAUGAUGGUUUGUACACCUGAACCAAUCAUACCUGUUCAUCAGCUCAGCUGGCCGGCCAAUCCCAGUCCAGGAGAACAGUGAGCCCCUAUAGAUCAGUGAGGCUGAACAUGAAAAGGUCAAACUGCAACAAACAGACCAAAGUGACUUCACUGUAAACUCAGACUCCGUUUAGUCUGACUCGCUCAGACUCACAUUUUCACUCUGACUCUGUGUGUGGAGUAAAUCUAUGCAGAGGCUGUUUGAAGUUUCAUGAACAGACAGAGACGAAGCUGCAGAAAAUAACGUCUACAGUGAAGAGUGAAAAUAAGAUUAAUCCUUAACAGGGAAGCUGAAUAAUAUCAAUAUGUGGGGAUGUUGUAUUAAAAAACAAGUCUGUUAUAUAUGAAGUUUUGUGUUGAGGAGGGAAACGUUCCUAAAAUGAGAGUUUUCUGCAUUAAUCUUUGAUGUAAUUCUGGAUUAAAACCACAGAGACAGAAAAACCUCUGACCCAUAAUAAAACAGACGCAGUGUUACUGAUGAGUGAAAAGGAGAUAUGUUAAUAAAAAAGGUCAUAUUUGGAAUCCCUGCAGAAAGAAACACUGAGAGAGUUCAGCUGCUGAAACUAAAGACAUCGAACAUCGACGAGUUUAUGCAAAGUCUCCCCUGAUGAACCAAAACGAACAACUGAAGAGCUUCUGUGGGGAGAUUUUAGUUCCUUUAAGAAGAUGUAAUCCUGUCGACGCUCAAAUAUUUCACUUAUGAUGAACAGAAAUGUCUGUGUGGAAAAAGUACGUUUGUUUUCUUCCAGAGGAAGAUUCAGGCGUUAGAAAUUAAUUGAUGUAAACAAGUUAAAACAAGUUAAAACAAGUUACAACAAGAAAUUUUGACAUUUCAAAACACAAGUAAUGAGCGACGACUCUCUGUGGACAUUCAGAGACACUGAGUCCAAACAGCAGUCCUCUGAUUUAGAGGAUCGUGUGUUCGGGUCGGUAAAGGUUCUCUCUGGGGGGCUUCAGAUCCACGAUCUCUGUCAACAGAACUAAUCAAUAAAGUAGAUCAUAAAAAAAUCAAUGAUUAAAAAUGUCCAAAUGUUCCGUCUUUAGGUUUCUUACAGAGAUCUGAGUGAGGAUCUGAAGACCCGGUUUCUUCUUCAGUCUAAGUUCAGCUCUGUCAGGUGGACGCUCUCUGUAGAGGGGGGGUGGUCUGGUUGGAGGUCUGUGGAGGUCUGUCCUUUUCAUCGCUGCCAUAAACUUCAUAAAAUCAACGUUUUUACAGCAGACCGAACAGACGUGAACACAGGUGUGAGUUCCUUCAGCUCAGUCCAAGUUUGAGAGUUUGGCCUCAGACCUCAGACUAAACAUCUUAUGAAAUAGACGUGGACAGAAGAGCCACAUGAACAUGGAAAACACAUUAUUAUCCAAACUGAUCACUUCAUUAUUCUUUAGUAUCACUGACCCUCUGUCAGGCCUCACCAUUUUCUGAUCUGCAUUUCCUUCUCUUAUAAAUAAGCAAACAGUCAUAAAAAGUCACACAGUGUGAUCCGUGUUUAGACACGUCUCAGUCGACGUGAAAAAAAAACUGUGAAAGGUUUUUAAAAAAGCAGAACUUUGUCGUAGAAAACUGUGAUGAACUGGAAUCGUUUGUUUCAUCAGAGUAUGAAGAGGACGAUCUCCUCCGUUAUCCAGUUUAGAUAAAGAUGAUAAAUACUUUCAUCCUUCGUUCAGAACAGCUUAUAUUGAUGAUUAUUGGAACGCCUGAUGAAGUCAGGAUUUGUGAGGCCUGAUAUCGAAACAACAACAACGUUUGUUAAACGCCCGUUAAUCUUCGUCCUCAUUCAGGGUCUGAUCAGGUGGAAAACUGCUGCAGCGUGACUCUGGGCACCUCAGAGUGAAACAAACAGACCCGUUCAGCAUCCUCAAACCGAUGAUGAUGAUGAUGAUGAUGAUGAUGAUGAUGAUGAUGAUGAUAUAAAACACCUGAAGCACUCAGUCACUCAGAGUUGGACGUUUUCUUUGUUUGGCAGCAUUUCUAAAACUAAGAAGAGACACGGAGUUGACAACAGUGAGGACAAAACUGAGAAACAGACAAAUCCUGUAAUAUGGAGAGACGGGGAAGAUGAUGUCUGAAGAUGGACUCAGUGAUAUUACUUAUGAUAAGAACUUUAUAAAAUCACUUUAAAAAACUACUUUAUAACUUUGAACCUCAAGUGUUAAAGAGAGGGGAACAGCAGGCCUGAGCAGUGUCAAAGAAACUAAAAAACACACAGACCCUCGACCACAUUACUACAAAGAAAAGAAGACGACAAGAAAGCAGAGGAGGAGAGGAGGAGAGGAGGAGAGGAGGAGAGGAGGAGAGCGAGCGACUCACAUCUGGUCUGAAAAGGAGGAAGCAGGACGAGCUUUCUCGGUAAUGAACUCCAAAAUAAGAAAAGAGAGAAGAGGAAACAAGCGUGUGGUUACUGAGGAGGGUCUGUCUGUGCGUGUGUGUGUGUGUGUGUGUGUGUGUGUGUGUGUGCGUGUGUGUGUGUGUGUGUGUCUGUGUGUGUGUGUGUGUGUGUGUGUGUGUGUGUGUGUGUGUGUGUCGUCAGUGUGCAGUUGUACUGCACUUGUGGUUUCCUCAUGGGCUCUGACUGAAGACUAGAAUAAUAACUCAGCGUUGAUGUUUCAGGUCAGUAAGUCGAAGACAAACUGACUUCUUCUGUUUCUGUCUGUGAGUUUAAAUGUUUGUAAAAUCAACAACAUGGUGGAGAAGCAGCUGAGAGGAGCUGACAUGCACUGAAAGCUACGCUGAGAUGUGGGUUUGUUUGUCACACGCCUGCUGCAGGUGACGGUAACAUGCAAACGUGUGUUUGUAACCUCAGUGGUUGUGUGUUUACAUGAGCGCCGGCAUCAGAUAGAACAGAUUUGACUAACUGUAGGCAGCAGGUCACAAAGCAGGAUUGUAGGAAAACACCCACCGACUCGACAAAAUGCAAAUCCAGGAGACGCACUGACAGCAUGUGUGUGUGUGUGUGUGUGUGUGUGUGUGUGUGUGUGUGUGUGUGUGUGUGUGUGUGAGAUCAUGUAGGAGUGAGAGGAAAAUAAGUAUCAGGUUGAAGUUUGUGUUAAAGUGUCGAUAAGUUGAAGAAAACAGAAGAAGGAAAAUGGAACGACAGUGAAGUUUAUCAGACUGUUGUCACUCCAGCUGCACGAUAUCAGAAAAAAACCAACACUGCGAUUUUUUUUAACCCUGCGAUAAAUAUUAGGAUAUUAAAAAAAGAGGAAUUUUCACCACAUGACCUGAAAACCACUUGAUGUUGUGCUGCACAGCUGAGAUCUUACCUGCUCAGAUCUGUUAGUCGACUGUCUUCUGUCUCAGAGAUAGUUUUAGUUUUUAUUGUUCUGGACGUUACCGUGGAAACAGAUGAACACAGAACACGUGUUUUAGUCGACAUCAUCCUUCUUAGAACUGAAAUACUUCCUGAUAACUGACUUUGUUUUUACCGACACGUCUUCUUCUUCGGUGGUUUUCUCUGUUCGUUGCUCGUUUUGUAAUCGUUGUUGUUGUUGUUUUCGAUGUUGUGCCGAGAAACGCAUGUCCGCCGAGAAUCUCAUCCACCUAGCAGAAACGCUUAUAGCAGAGUGGUCCAUGGAAAUGUUCGAUUUAAAACCCAUAAAAUGGAUAUUUGUGGGAUAAACAGCGAUGAGGAAUGUUCCCAAAGUCAUUCUCAGUUUCUCGGCACAACACCGACAGCAUCAGUGACUCACUCCAUGUGCGGGGGCGGGGUUUCCUCCUCUCUGAUUUUGAUUGACGGCUGGCAGGGUAGCAACUGAGUAAAGAAUGGAUGUGAUUGGUGGAUCGCUGCACAGCACAUGCAGAGUCUUAUUGCAGAAUUCACGGCUGAAAAAACUCUUAAAUGAUUGUGAAGCAGCAGCUGUGAAAACAUCAUUUUAGCAGGUUUUGGUGAAACUUUUUACACAAGAGUCUCUGCUGAAAAAAUCCUCUUAGCUCACAUGUUGUAAUUUUACCAACAAACUUGUGGUUCAGCUCCUUUUAGGAAGAUCCUCAUAUUUGGAGAAGCCGCAGGUCUCAGUCAGAUCUAAAAUGUAAAAGGAGCUCUGAUUGGCUGCAGACAUCGGGCCGAACUUUAACAGCUUCAGUGUUUCCAGCUGCCCUCACCGCUGAGAACUGAAACGGUUGAUAUCAGGAAUUCUGCCCCCUCUUCUGAGUCUGAUCAGUAAUCAAUAGGUGACAUGAUGGUAGCAGCCGAUACCAGCCAAAGGUUCAAGUGUUUCAUUGGUAACUGUCUGAGGUUUUUCAGGGUUUCAGAGAUGGAGAACGAUGUGGAGGCGAUGUGGGAGAAGGUGGAAUGCAAACGUACCGAACUGUGUCGCAACAUCUCCCCUGCAAAACUCACGCCGUACCUUCGUCAAUGCAAAGUCCUGGAUGAGCAGGACGAAGACGAGAUCCUCAACUCCAUGCUGCUCGUCUCCAAAACAAACCGCACAAGUGAGUUUGGAGGUUUACAGGUUUAAUUGAUUUACUUCCUGAGCAUUAAUAACGUGACUCUUUGUUCAGUACGAAGUUCCUCACAAACGUUAAAAUACAGUCAGAGCAGGGACAGGUCUCAGAGGUUUGAGGCCUGGACUGAAAAACCCUCUUUGAUCCUUUAUUUCUGAGAAGAUUCUGGACCAGAAAAUCCCUGUUAGCUGAUCUGAGACCAGGGGCUCUAUUUUCGUUCCUCGCCGGCGAUGUGGCGUAAGUCAGUUCCGCCGCGCCGACAAGGUGUGCCACAUUUUGAUAUUUUGGUGAGCGGUGCAGCCCGGCGUAAGUUCCCCCCCCUCCCUAACUCAGCUCCUCCCAGCGGCGUGAGUCGUAGAGAGGGAGGAGAGAGGGCGUGGAGUGGAUUUAACACAGCGACACCUGUUUUCACCAAUCAGAACCGCUCCUCUCCUCACCUUUAAAUCCGCCACCAGCGAGGCGUGUUACAAUUUUCGUGAAGUAGUCAAAGAGAUCAAGAGAUGUCUGAAGACAACAACGCCACACGAUGGCGACAGAAGGUCGCCCCUCAACAAGUGUCUCUGUAAACGCUGCAGAGGGCGCUCCGUGGCCUGGCUCUUUCAUAGAUGUUGGCGGACCUCGGUGAGCCUCAGUCCACGAAAAUACCAACCUGGCUGUAUGCCGGGCCCUGCCAGACGAAAAUAUCACCGCGCGGGGUCCAACACCCUCCGCCGUGUCGCCGGCGGGCAUGAAAAUAGAGCCCCAUGUCCUGACUCACAGGGGGUCAAACUUUAAAUUAACAGUUAAAGGAAGAAGUAAAAAAAAACAUGUCCCAAUGACUUCUGCUGGACAUCUCAGCAAAGUCCAGAGUAGAUACUGAUGUUCCCCCCCCCCUCCAGGUCGUCUCCUCGACAUCCUUCGCACUAAAGGCGAGCGUGGGUAUGUGGCAUUUCUAGAGAGUCUGGAGUUUUACUAUCCGGAUCUGUACAAGUUAGUCACUGGAAAAGAUCCCACACGACGCUUCUCAACCAUUGUAGGUGAGCGCGCACGCACGCACGCACGCACACACACACACACAUGAUGUCACAGAUUUCCUCGUGCUGGACAGCCUGUUGCACAAUAAGUUUCAGAUGUUUUAUUUUAACACGUCUAUUCUUGUCGUUUCCCUCCUGUCUCUUCUUCUUCUUCUUCUUCUUCUUCUUCUUCUUCUUCUCGGCUGCAGUGGAGGAGGGUCAUGAGGGCCUAACUCAGUUCCUCAUGAAUGAGGUGAUGAAGUUGCAGCAGCAGUUUAAAGCCAAGACCCUGCAGCAGGUGGAGCUCAGCAGGCAGAAUUGCACUUUGGAGGAUGAGCAGAAAAAACUGCGGUUGGCCAAUCAGGAGCUUCAGGCCUUUCAACAGAGUAAACAUGUUUUCAUAACCUCUGACGGACACGCGGCACACGGCGCUCUGUCUGAAUUUACUGCAUGUUCAAGACUUAAGGAUAGGGACUGGAUCCAGAACCGGUUCUAACUGGUUCAAUCCAUCGACAUCAUUACAUUUUAUCUUAACGAUUCCCGUUUAAAAACGGUCUCAUGAUCGCCAGUCUACGUGAACAGGAACAGACACAGAGAAAACAACAUGGCAGACAGUACGAAAAGUCGUCAGAAACGAUCUGAAGCGUUUUUUAAUUUUACUGAGAAAGACGAUAACAGAGACGUUUGUGGAGCAGAGAGAACAUGAAACGGUGGAAACACCAGAAAUUCAACAUUUGUCAACGGGGCACGGCGUCAAAUCUAAGGAAGACAUGGAUGCGACGCUUCCUGUCGUAGAAAGUAUCCGCUCCACUCAUGAGCUUCUUAAAGUGGAAGAAAGUAUGAUCUAAUAUUUAAAAACACGAGUUUUAGAUCAUGACAACAUGACAGAUGGAGCAGCAGCUUCAUGUGUCUCUAAAAUCUCACCUACAGAGAUGAACUCGGGUUUAUAAACUGUCAAAGUAAAGAACUUUAUAUUUUCAGUAAAUAUUCUGAAUCAGAGGGUUUUUGUUUUCAGUUUUUCUGAAUGAAAUCAUUAAACACUUUAAAAUCCGUCCAACAAGAAGAAGAAAACUCGGAUUAUUUCACCUUGUUAUAGUUUCACCCGCUCCCAUCAGUCCGUUCUACGGCGCUCCUGUUAACAACGGCGGUUCGUAGGCGUAGAAAUCUGACAGAGCCGUGUGUGAGGAGGUCGCCGUGACCUCUCAGGCCUGAAUCCUGAUUUUCAGCAGGUUGUAAAAACUGAGUGUGGGCAGACCUUCUCUGCUCAGAUCUGUUGUCGAUGUUUCUUCUUCUGUUGGUUUUCUAGGGUACAACAAACUGAGAGAAGAAAGAAACACCUACAGUGACGAGCUGCUGAGAGUGAAAGAUGAAAACUACAAACUGGCCAUGAGGUACGCCACGCUGAGCGAGGAGAAGAACAUGGCGGUGAUGAGGAGCCGCGAUCUGCAGCUGGAGGUAGAGAUGGAGGACAAACUGAUGUCCUGUUCCUGAAGUGAUCGGAGUAUCUGCUUAAUCUGUGUGUGUGUGUGUGCGUGUGUGUGUGUGUGUGUGUGCGUGUGUGUGUGUGUGUGUGUGUGUGUGUGUGUGUGUGUGUGCGCGCUCAGAUCGAUCAGCUGAAACACAGACUGAACAAGGUGGAGGAGGAGUGUAAGAUGGAGAGGAAACAGAGUCUGAAGCUGAAGAACGACAUCGAGAACCGACCCAAGAGGGAGCAGAUCUUUGAGAUGGAGAGGGAGAACGAGAUGCUGAAGAUCAAACUGCAGGAGCUGCAGUCCAUCAUACAGGUACGGAGGAGCAGGAGGAGGAGGAGAGAGAGGAGAGAGGAGAGAGGAGAAGAAGGGAGAGGAGAGAGGAGGAGAAGAAGAGAGAGGAGGAGAGAGGAGAGGAGAGGAGAGAGGAGAGGAGAGGAGAGGGAGAGAGAGGAGACAGGAAGGGAGAGAGGAGAAGAAGGGAGAGGAGAGAGGAGAGAGGAGAUGAAGGGAGAGGAGAGAGGAGAGAAGGAGAAGAGAGACAAGAGCAAUGAGAGGAGAGGGAGAACGAGAUGCUGAAGAUCAAACUGCAGGAGCUCCAGUCCAUCAUACAGGUACGGAGGAGCAGGAGGAGGAGGAGAGAGAGGAGAGAGGAGAGAGGAGAGGAGAGGAGAGGAGAGGAGAGGAGAGGAGAGGAGAGGAGAGGAGGAAAGAGAGGAGAGGAGGAAGGAAGAGGAGAGAGUAGGGAGAGGAGAGGAGGAGGAGAGAGGAGGAGAGCAGGGAGAAGAGAGGGGGGAGGAGAGAGGAGAGAAGAGAAGGAGAAGAGAGACAAGAGCAAUGAGAGGAGAGGGAGAGAGGAGAGAGGAAGGGAGAGAAGAGAGGAGAGGAGGGAGAGGAGAAGAAGAGAGAGGAGGAGGAAGGGAAAACAGGGAGAGGAGAGGAGAGGAGGAUUCUUGCAGGGACAGCGUACCUGGAUGAAAAGGUCUGUGAAGAUGAGGAGUGUAAGCAGAGAGGUGCAGAGUGGACUGAAGGUGGUGGAGAUGGUUCUUGUUGGUUUUCUUCGUUCCUUCGUCUCUCAGCUUCUAAAUCUGUUUGAGUCUCUGACCUGAUUCAUGUUUGUGUCUCUGAAACCGAAGCCCGGACCCUUACCCGCCUCAGACAAAGCUAUCCUGGACAUUCUGGAGCAUGACCGACAGGAAGCCCUUGAAGACCGACAGGACCUCGUCAACCGCCUGUGCAACCUCCACGAAGAAGUCCGACAAGCGGAGGAACUACGAGAUAAAGUAAGACCACAGAACAAAGACGUGUGAGCCCACCGAAGCCGUCCGGAGUCUGAUCGCUCACUUUAACCCUCUCACUGUUUUUUUAAUUUACAGCUCUUUAGAUUCUUCUAUUUUUGAUUUCACAGUUUCUCCUGUCCUACAGAGUUUGAGCAGAUUUCUGUCUCUCUUUAAAAACCAGUCGAGCUCCAGCUGAAGUGAUCUGAACUGAUCUGAACUGAUCUGAACUGACCUCGUCUUACUGAGGCGACGGUUUUAUGAGAAAGACAAACCUGAGCAGAGAGCCUGAUCCCCAUGAGACGGUCUGCAGAAACCCCCUCUCAGCUCUGUCGUCUCCCUCCGGUGUUUCUCUUCCUGAAUCUCUGUCAGACUCACUUUGACUAACACCACGUGUGUGUGUGUGUGUGUGUGUGUGUGUGUGUGUGUGUGUGUGUGUGUGUGUGUGUGUGUGUGUGUGUAAAUGUGUGUGUAAAUGUGUGUGUGUGUGUGUGUGUAGUAUCUGGAGGAGAAGGAGGACUUGGAGCUGAAGUGCUCGACUCUUCAGAAGGACUGUGAGAUGUACCGCAACCGCAUGGACACUAUCAGUGCGCAGCUGGACGAGGUGGAGAAGGAGAGGGACCAGGUGAGAGCGCACGCACUCACACACACACACACACACGCACAGAACUUACACAGGGUGUUUGUGUGUUUGUGUGUAACUUUUUGUUGGAACGGUUUUUGUUCAGGCGUUUCGAGCCCGGGACGAGGCCCAGCACCAGUCCUCUCAGAGUCUCAUCGACAAAGACAAAUAUCGUAAACAGAUCCGAGAACUGGAGGAGAAGAGUGACGAACUCCACAUCGAGAUGGUUCGUAAAGAAGCCAAGCUCGUGACUUUAGAGUCCCGCCUCCGACGGUUAUCCAAGGACGCAACUUUGGACCAAGUCGGGGUCAGUAAGUCCAAAUCCUGAACAAGCAGGAUGAAGAGUCAAAUAUUUACCUGAUAUUUUAUUUUUGAUCUUCUGUUUUUUUAGAGUCUGCCGAGAGACCUGCAUCCCACCAUCAUCUCUCAGGAGGAGGAGCUAAAACCCACCCCUGGCCAAUCAGAAUGGUCCAGUGACGAGUCGCCUGAGGAUAAGUUUUUGACUGAGGAGCCUCGUCUCAAACGCAGACCCAACCUCAAAGGAGUGGUGAGACGCCGUUAAACUCUCGUCUGAUGUUGACGUUCUUUGGCGUGAAGAGCGAAGGAGAUCAAUGAGGAUCUCCUUCGAUUAGAAAGUCAGUGUGAUGAUGGAGAGACUGAAGGAAUCUUGACCUGAAGGGAAAAAAUCCAUUCAGACAUUUUUAAAGGGAUUUUUGAUACCAUAUAUGGUCAAUAGGAGGCGUGUCUGAAUGUAAAUGACCCUAACCAUGAACGAGCACGCCAGGAAAGAACAGGCGGAUUUAUCAUCAACGAUCACUGACCCGUGUUCGUACGACCGAGUCUGCAGGUUUGAGAAAUACGGAGUUUUUUAUUCCUGCGACAGAAUCAUGAACCUUUUCUACGAACAGACGAUAAACGAGGACUCGGGUCUUUUGGUUUUACGCUGAGAUACGUGUCGAUGUUCAUUUCUCACCUGUUUGUUUAUUUCUGCUCCUAAAUGUCAGAAACUGAAAUAAACCGACAAACUGAAGAAAGACGUCUUUACAGCUGACAGAAAUGUUGGUGACUUUCUCAGCUACGAUCCUUUAACCCUCGCCGCCUUCAUCACGAGUCCCGGAGCGCUCGGUCC